CCCGCCGCCUCCACCCCCGCCACGCCCGCCGCCUCGGGCCCCGCCACGUCCGACGCGCACUCCGACGCCGACGCCUCCUCCGCCGACUCGCCCUCCCGCAAGAAGUUCUCCAAGCUCCGCGACAAGGCGCGCGACCCCAAGAACUACAGGCUUCUAGCCGGCGUGAGGCCGCUCAAGGACUCGUCGUCGCCGGGCCGCAAGAGCAAGCAGCAGGGAGCGACGGCGCAGACGCCGGCGACUGCGACUGCGACGGCGACGGCGCCGGCGACGCCCCAGACGCCCGCCGGGCGUCCUCACUCGCCCACCGGCAACGCGACGCCGCACGCGUCCAAGGACACGGCGCGCGCCGCGACGAGUGGUGGCGGGGACGACAGCUCCUCCGACGAGGGUAAUGCCUCCGCGGACGCCACCGACGGCCCCACUCACACCCACGCGCCCGCCCGCCCCGCG